UCUCACGAUUGUUGAGACGAAUAUCGUACACAUCUUCUUAGCAGAGCUCCCACCUCGCGACCUCCACUGUAAAUCUGCUGCUACGAUCAGCUACCAAGACAGGAUUCGCCACAAGCUGAACUCAAAUCAGUUAUAAACAUCGCCCUUGUGACGUAGUAUGAGUAAUACCACCACACCUCAUGCACCAUCAACCCAAGCUGCAGACAAGGCCAAUUGGGACUCAGCCCAAACUAAAGUGUUUGUGGAACUGUGUGUCGAACAAGUAAAGGAAGGACGUAGGCCUGGUUCGCACUUCACCAAAGAAGGUUGGCAGAAGAUAGUUAUUGGCUUUUUCGAUAAAACAGGGAAGCGAUAUGAUCAACCACAAUUCAAGAACAAGUGGGACAAUCUGAAGAAAGAGUACAAAUUGUGGAAGAAACUGCGUAUGCAUGACACUGGGACUGGAUGGGACUGUGUUCGGAACACAAUUCUUGCUGACAAUGACUGGUGGGAGAAAAGAAUUCAGGAAGACAAAAAAGUUGCAAAGUUUCGAAUCCAAGGUCCAGAAAACCUUGAGCAGUUGGAGGAACUAUUUGAUGGGAUGAUGGCCACCGGUGAAUUUACAAUGUUUGCAGGUGCAUCUAAACAACAUGAUGGCAGCACUAAUGAAAAACUGCUAAGGACUAGCACCGAUGACAAUGUGGAUGCUAUCCAUCUCGGCUCUGAUGGUUCCAGUGAUCCAGAGUUUGACAUAAACAUUGAGCAAAGUAAUGAAAUAACUAGCUCCCCCACUCCGCCACUUCGUCAAGGUAGGAGGAGAUCAGACGCAUCAGGGACUCGUGGGAAAAAGAAGCGUAGGGCAUCCGCUUCAGAUUAUCGCGAAGACAUUAGCAAGUCCUUGGGCAAUCUUGUAUCCGCUCUGAGCAGCCGGGCAACUGCAGUUGCCAGUGCCCCUAUUUCAUCAGCAAAAGCUGAAAUCGCGGAAUGUAUGAGAAUUUUGGAGGAAAUUCCAGAGACUGCCGAGAUGGGAGAUUUGCUCUUGUUUGCUCUCAAGCUGUUUCAGAACAAGGAUCAUCGUGAGUACUUCACUGCCAUGUUACGCAGGGACUGGCAACUUGCGUGGUUGAAAAUGAUGUACGCAGACGCAAAUGGGGGUGGCACAGGAGGCAGAACUUGAAGAAUAUUAUUGAUCAAAUUUGAAUUUUCAUUUGUUAUAUGUUUAGACUUUUAUAUGUUUUAAAUUUCGGAGUUGUUAAAAUCCGUAGAGGUUGACAUUUGUUUUCCAUUUCAUAAUUGCAGUGUUAAUGUUUAUUUGGGAUUGAAAUUCAGUUGUAACUCUGUUUUAUAGUUACUUAUAAUGGUUUAGGGCAA